AGUGCCUCCGGCAGCCCCCCCGGCGUGGGCAGCGGCAAAGGCUCCCGGCCCAGCCUCGGCACCCUGAACCGCAGCCACCUGCAGCGCCUGGCCAUCGCCCAGUCCCGCGUGCUCAUCGCCUCCGGGGUCCCCACCGUUCCUGUGAAGAACCUCACUGGCUCCAGCCCCGUCAACCCAGCACUGGCAGGGAUCACGGGGAUCCUCAUGAGUGCGGCCGGGCUGCCCGUGUGCCUGACCCGGCCCCCCAAGCUGGUGCUGCACCCCCCACCCGUCAGCAAGAGCGAGAUCCAGUCCAUCCCCGGCAUCUCCCACUCCUCCCGCAAGACCACCAAGAAACAGGCCAAGAAAGGUAAAACCCCGGAGGAGGUGCUGAAGAAGUACCUGCAGAAGGUGCGGCAUCCGCCCGAUGAGGACUGCACCAUCUGCAUGGAGCGGCUCUCUGCCCCCUCUGGCUACAAGGGGCCCCAGCCGGCUGUCAAGCCUGACCUCGUGGGGAAGCUGGUCAAGUGCAGCCACGUCUUCCACCUCCACUGCCUGGUGGCCAUGUACAACAACGGCAACAAGGAUGGGAGUCUGCAGUGUCCCACCUGCAAAACCAUCUAUGGGGUGAAGACAGGGACUCAGCCUCCCGGGAAGAUGGAAUAUCACAUCAUUCCCCACGCGCUGCCCGGCCACGCCGACUGCAAAACCAUCCGCAUCAUCUACAACAUCCCCCCGGGGGUGCAGGGACCAGAGCAUCCAAACCCUGGGAAGAGCUUCACGGCCCGUGGCUUCCCCCGGCACUGCUACCUGCCAGACAGCGAGAAGGGCAGGAAGGUACUGAAGUUGCUGCUGGUGGCCUGGGACCGGCGGCUGAUCUUCGCCAUCGGAACCUCCAGCACCACGGGCGAGUCGGACACGGUGAUCUGGAAUGAGAUCCACCACAAAACAGAGUUUGGCUCCAACCUCACUGGCCACGGCUACCCCGACAUCAACUACCUGGACAAUGUCCUGGCUGAGCUGGCAGCCCAGGGCAUCACGGAGGAGAGCCUGGCGCAGGAGAAGGACUGAGACCGUGGCGAGGAGGCAAGGAAAGGGUUGCCUGUGCCGGCACCCACCAGGAUAAAGCUGCUGGAGAUACCUGCCUGGGGGCUUUUCAGGGCAAACCUGGAGCCCCCUGCUCCCAGUGGCAGCCACGCAGUGCCCCAGGCUGGCUGGGAAUGUGGGAGAAGGUCCUUUUGGCCAUCCCCUUCACUCCUGCAGGGCGGGAACAUCCCUACACACAGCUGUGGGGCUUCAGGCUGGCUUGGCCACCCUUCUGGAUGGUGUCCUGUCCUUGCUGUCACUGUGCUGAGGGCUUGGGGGGUGCCAGGCUCCCCUCUGUCCUCAUCUAUGCCAGUCCCAGCCUGACCCAACACCCCUGCCACCCACCUGGGGCUGGGACAUGGCUUGGGGUGGGAGCUGGGGCCACGGGAGUCCCCUUUGCUCUGCCUCGUCCCUCUGACGUUUGUUUGUUUGUUCGUUCUGUCCGGUACCUCCCCACUGGUCUCCUGUGUCUGUGGAGGCUGGGGGGCCCUGGGCUGCCUCAGUUUCCCCCAGUCCUGCACCCCCUGCUCCUUUUGGCUGUGUCUGAGCUGUGCCCUGCAGGGUCCCCUUGUCUGGGCUGCCCCUGCCUCUGCAUGCCAGGGAGGGGCUGAUGGGUGGUAGGAAGUGUGUUUGGGGCGGGACAAUGACAUCCCUCCCCCCUGCAGUGGGUUCCUUGAACUGUUCGUAUGGGGCCGUCCCCACGUUGGAAUUUCUAUAUACCUCGUGUUUUGGGGUUUUGUCGUAUAUAUGUACAUAUAGGGGGGGCAUUUGGGGGGGCAGCCUGGGAGAACGUGGUGCUGCAGCCAGGCUGGGGCUGGGCACAGUGGUGCUUGGGGUUGGGACAGGGGCUGUGGGGCCCCCAACCCCGACAGGGCUCUGCCCCACGGGAGGGCUGUCACUUGUGGGUCCCCAUGGGGCCAGGUGCAGGUGGGGUGAGAAGUGUCCCCCUUCCUGCCCCCGGAGAGGCCUUGGGGGGGGUCUGGAGGGGAAGGUGGCUGGUGAGGGGUUGGCACGGGCUGGGUCAGGAGGGUGGUGUGGGUAGGAGAGCGUGGGUGUUGGGGGUGGGGGAAGUGUGUUCCAAGGCUCUGAGGGUCCCUGUCAGCCCUCUGGGGCGACUGGGCCUUGGAGAGCCCUGGGCUGGUGCAGAGUGUCCCUGCCCAGGGCAGGGGUUAGGAAUGAGUCUGUGGGGUCCCUUCCAUCCCAAACCAGGGAUUCAUGGGGGCUCCUGGAGCCACCUGUGCCGGGUGCCGGGGGGUCCUUGGCCCUCCGUGCUGCUGGGAGGGGGGCCCGUCCUGCUGUGCAUCGUUCUGUUGUCGUUGCUGUUCUUCCUCUCCGUGGCCUGGAGGCUCCGUCAGCCCCGCGGCCACCCCGUGGAGGGGCUGGGGGUCAAUAAAGCGGAUGGCAGGGGACUCUGGCGGUCCCUGCACGGC